AUGGCGUCUACCCAAGACUCUCCAUCUGUGCGCGAUAAUGUCAUAGGCCAAAUUGCCCAAGAGCCCCGGCCUGCGCACCAGUCGAUUCCAAACUUCCGCGACAUCCUCAGCCAAGAAAACCGAACGCAGAGCAGCUCCAGCAUCUUCGUGGUUGUCGAUGGAAAAGAAAUCCCCAAGCCGGCCAAGGUGCCCAAAGAGUCCAUCAUGGAGAUGGAGACAGAGGUGGAAGGCGGAGACUCCAUCGACGAAAUGAGAAACGAAUUCGCCGCCGUCGUCCAAGACACAAAGACCCGGCGCGGAUACGGCCUCUAUGCCACGAGCGACCUCCUCCCCGACCACCUGCUCCUGUCUGAGCAGCCAGCCCUCAGCUUCUGGAUGCCGCGGGACGUGAACAUGGCCAACAUGCGCAAAGAAAUCGAGGCCCAGUGGUGCGAUCUUCUUAUCCAUGAGCAGGAAGCUCUCAGAGAGGAGUUCCCCAAGCUGCGGUCUGUGCCGUCGGGGAGGCGGGCGCUGUCCCUGUUCCAGAGCAUCAUGCUCUUCAACUUUGCUCUCGAGUACUCGUACAGCAGCCCGGAUGGGGACUUUGCCAACAUCUACUCCCUGGCGUCUCGCAUCAACCAUGCGUGUCGCGGCUGUGCCAAUGCCGUGCGGCGAAUGGACUGGUAUGAGCCGCAUCGCAUCCUCAUCACGCUGAUCAAGCCCGUCAAGGCCGGCCAGGAGAUCUUGAUCCACUACAACACGAUGGAGGGCAGCAAGCUUGCCUGCGCCGUUUGCGGUAGCAUGUCCGACCGACCAACUCGGUGCCAGCUCCUUCGCAACAAGUUGGAGGAGUGGCGGUUGAGGCUCGGAGGACGAGACGCCCGGGCUUCUGUUGCGACAAGUGCCGAAGUCGUGGAAGAGGACGACUUCAAUGCUGAUGUGCCGGGACCGCGGUUAUCUGUGUUGGAUCGCGCAAAGCGGCUGAGGAACAAGACUGUGCUUCGCUGGGGUCACUUGUUCACAAGAGAAGGAUGUGACUGGUUGCAUCCCUGGCAAUCGUCUCCUUGGCAAUCGCCUCCAAGGACUCCGUAUCCAUACAGUCCGUCUCCCGAGAUUGUGUCUUCUAGCAUUCCUAUUCUCAGGGUUCAACCGCCAACGGAUGAAGGGUCUCCUGUUCGAAGACGACGGAAGAAUCGCUUUCGCGGCACACGCACGUGA